UGUGUAGUGUGACGGUGACGUAUUUCCGGUGCCGUCGUCGUGAAGCAGCUAGGCUGCCGAAAGCGGAAAAGAAGAAACGGUUUGUUGUUCUGUUUCACAGACGCGUCGAUAUCGGUGGUCUCACCUGGCGGACAGGAGUCGCAUCCCCACCUCCUCUCAGCAGAUUUUCUGCAGGUCGAAGGUCAUGGCACUGAUCUCUUUGGAGGAUCUCGAUGGAUUGGAUGACGAGCAGCUGGACGAUGACAUCACAGACAACCCCGAGCCAAUGGAUGAAGAUGAGUCGGAGCGCCUGAUGAGUCACUGGCAGGCUGUCGCCAGCACACACCAGGUGUCAGUUCCUCAAGAAAUGAGAGGACCCAUACAGGAAAUGACACGCAACAGCCAGCAGAGGGAGCCCCUCCCCUUCACACCCAUCUCAAGCCACGAGAAGAUGGGGGAGGUGCAGUACGAGGAGCGGCUGUACCCGGCGGGUCACUGGGCGUCCGUGACACGAGGAGACGACCUGUACGAGCAGAGCAUCUCCAUGGCCUUCAUGAAGCUGAUGCGCUUCAUCUGCAAGGAGAAUUCUGCAGGUAGAUACCUGGGGAUGACCGUACCCAUCAUCAGUUACAUCCGUAUGGCGAAGGACGGCAAGACAUUUGAAAAGGAUGUGGAGACGGCGUUUUUCCUUCCCGCCGCGCUCCAGCACAGCCCGCCGCAAUCCUGCGACCCUGACAUCAGCAUCGUCUACAGACAGCCAAUCAGAGUGGUCACCAGGCCGUUCUUCGGGACGACCACGGAGGAGACGGUAGGCCGCCAGAUCCUGCUGCUGUGGGAGAUUCUCGGCGCCACUGAUGAGCUGCACAGCGAUCGGUACGCCGUGGCCGUGUACGAGAACCCGGGUGUGCCGCGACGCCGGAACGAGCUCUGGUUCAUCAGGCGUGAUCUUUAGGCUCCUCCCAUCAUGCUCUAUUUCAGCACGUCCACUCACAGCUUCCUGUCAAACUGACAUCAGAGCAGUCAUCUGUUAUGAGGACACUAAGCCCCACCCUUUCUAUUAGCUCACACUUCACAGGUCUGUUCUGAUUGGCUGGAGCAAGGUGAUGAUGCCAUAAGGGCUGAUUGUGAUUGGUUUGUUGGUUUACUUACAUCGUGUAACAUUUAUUUACAGACAAAAAGGAGGCUCUGCCCGCAUCUUUUCAGUAAUGCAAUCAUCAUCGGUGAUGUAAUCGUGACCGCUGCUAUGGCGUCCAUUCGCAUCUCUUUGAAUUUCUGCAAAACAGGAAGUGACAUGGUGUCGGUACCAGCACUUCCAGUUUAGUCUGAUUGUAGCAACCAAUCAGCUGAAAAAGCCAUCUGAAAAGGAACCCCUCCCCCCGGUGCUGUCUAAAGACUGAGGUAUUGAUCACAUGAUCAGCGGCAGCCUGAAACCUUAACACAUGUGGUCGAGUGCGGCGAGCCCGAAGGUCUCAUACAUGUCAUCGCCAGAGGGGGGAGGGGUCACGGGUCAGUAUGUUUUUUUUAUGCGCCGACAUCACCAGUGCGUUCAGAUGAUUCCUCUAAAUCAUUCAAGCACAUCACACGUCACAUGACUCCUUCAGACAUCCUGCCGUCUCGCAUGUGGUUCCUCGCAGGACUGUGAUGUCACUGUGAUGUCAAAGGUUUUGAAUGUUGUGUAGAUUUUGUGUGUUGUUGUU